GUGUCGCAUUCUUCACUAACUGUGUAGUUCUUUGAGUUGAUUUGCUCAGUAUUCACCUUCUUCUGCACCAAUUCCGUAAUUCUUUUCUCCAAGAUUCUGCUGUCUUUCUUUUGCUCCACUUCUCCUCCAAUUUAUUAAUAAUGCACAGAGAAAAGCAUCUUCAUCUCACGGUCACCCCUAUGACGCCGCAGGACAUGGAGAAACAUGUUCACUCUGCAGGCCUGAACGCAUCAUCCUUGCAAUUCUACUUCAACUUAUCUUACCAGGUCGAGCACCAAUCUGUUCUUGUUCAUGCCGAUGGUAGACAUGACUUUCUUGGUUCCACCGCUGAUCAACCUGCUAUCGUAGAUUCCUUCUUUUUCGAUUUUGGGUUGUUUAGUAGCUAUCAGGCGUUGGUCAAACAUCUUUCGCCUAUUUUUGCUCGUUUACUGAUAGAUUCAAGUUUCCAUGAGAAACUGGUUUUGGAGAUAAUACAGGAAGUUGGUCGGCUAAUUACAACAGGUGGUGUAUCGAAGAACAGAAAUUUCCUGCCCUUCAAUGUCAAUGUACUGAAGCACUGCAUGCAUAUAUAUCAGGAAGAAAUGCUGAUUAAUGAUGUUAUAAGUCAGUCGAGGGAAGAAUAUGAAAGCAGAAAUUUCGGUAUGGUGCCGACUGCUCCAAAGUCCCGGAAAUUGAAGUGUGUGAAAGUGAGUGAGACUGAGACUACUGCUUACGACGAAGGUUCGAAGGAGGGUCAAAGCCAAAUUUGUAUGGUAUGCUUGGAGGAGCUCGAGGAUUUUGCUGCUGUGAUGCCCUGUGAUCAUCUGUUCCAUGGCACCUGUAUCGACAAAUGGUUGGAGAAUAGCCAUUAUUGUCCUCUCUGCCGCUAUGAAAUGCCUACUGAGACGUGAUUUAUUAUUUACUGUUCUUGGGAUGUUAGGUUUCUCUGAGUUUAUCGACCAAAAAACAUUUUUCUUUUAUGUUUAAUUGUAUUUGGUUAAU